UGUCAGUUUCAUUCUGUCAGCCUGGAAUACCCUAGACCACAUGAAAGUUUGAAAAGUGUAGAUGUUGGUGUUUUAAACAAAAGAGUAAUUUAUAUUCAACCGGCUUGCUUUCAUUUUUCUAACCUAGCCUGUAGAGAAGGGUCGCCUUUGUUGGAUGCUUCAUUGGAAUAGGACGGGCUUCCGUAUGUUUUCGUCUGGCAGUGUUUUGUAGAGGACAGGGUUUCUUUUGACAUUACUACUAUUUUAUUCCUAUGAGGGGAACAACCAGAUCCUGAAACCUAUUAUUAUACAUAUCAGAGAGCUCUGAUAAAGGCUCCUUUGUGUCGUCAGACCGGCGUGCAGCCGUCCUGCUGCAGACAUGGAUGAAGAGACUUCUCUGCUCAACAGAACACCAACAUCAUCUGAAUCCAGGGUCUGUAACUCCAAACUGUUCCUGGCCGUCUUCUCGGCCAUCCUGGGGAACUUCAGCUUCGGUUACUCCCUGGUCUACUCAUCCCCGGUCUUGCCGAAGCUCAAGAGCCCCAAUGCAGACCCUCGGGUCAGGAUGGACACGGAGCAGGCUGCCUGGUUCGGCUCCAUCUAUACACUGGGUGCAGCGGCCGGAGGAUUGGGGGCCAUGCUGCUCAACGACCUGAUUGGACGGAAGCUGAGCAUCAUGAUGUCGGCAGUGCCGUCGACUAUUGGAUACAUGCUGAUGGGAGGGGCUGUUGACUUGUGGAUGCUCCAUGUGGGCCGUUUCCUCACAGGCGUUGCCGGGGGGAUGACCGCAGCAUCCAUUCCUGUAUACAUCUCAGAGAUCUCACACAAAGGAGUGAGAGGAGCUAUGGGCUCCUGCCCUCAGAUCACUGCUGUGUUUGGGGCCCUGGCGCUCUACGCCAUGGGUCUGGUGGUACCUUGGCGGUGGCUGGCAGUGGCGGGGGAGGUGCCAGCUGUGCUGAUGGUUGUGCUGAUGGCGUUCAUGCCCAGCUCCCCCAGGAGGCUCCUCGCUCUGGGCAGAGAGCAGCAGGCUGAGAAGGCCCUCCGCUGGCUAAGGGGAAAACACUACAACACAAACAUUGAGCUCAGUGCCAUACAGCACAGCAUCAACGUGCAGGGUAAAGUCACAUGGUCGCAGCUGGCCACACCCAUCUACUACCGGCCAAUCAUCAUCUCAGUGGGGAUGCGUUUCCUGCAGCAAAUGACGGGCAUCACACCCAUCCUGGUCUACCUGGAGCCCAUCUUUUCCCAAAGCAAAGUUUCCCUGGAGCCCAGGUAUGAUGCUGCUAUUGUAGGUGCGGUCCGCCUAUUUUCUGUUGCCGUGGCAGCCAGUUUAAUGGACAAGGCGGGACGCAAAGCCCUGCUGUACACGUCGAGCCUGCUGAUGUUCCUGUCCUCUCUGACUCUGACAAUGAUCUCCCACACCACACCUUGCCCUCCAGGCCCCGCCCCUCUUAAUCACACCAUGAGUUGGGACUCCCAAAAUGCCAUCGGAAACGCUUUGGAUGCCAGCCACCAAACUGCAGGAGGGCUCAUUCCUCUCAUCAGCACCAUGGUGUUUAUAUUUGGAUACGCCAUGGGAUGGGGCCCAAUCACAUGGUUGCUGAUGUCAGAGGUGUUGCCGCUGGCUGCCAGGGGCGUUGCUUCGGGGCUGUGUGUGACUGUCAGCUGGUUGACGGCCUUCAUGCUCACGCACGCCUUCACACACCUGGUGGACGGGUACGGCCUGUACUUGCCCUACCUGUGUUUUACGGUGGUGUGUGUGCUAUGUCUGCUGUUCAACGCAGUGUGCAUCCCAGAGACUCGCGGCCGCUCACUGGAAGAAAUAGAGAACUAUUUCAGGACGGGACGUUGGUUCACCAUCAACAGGAGUAAUUCCACUGCACAGUCCAGCUGAAGCCUGAAGAUCCCUUCAAUCAGAAAUUUGUUAUUCCCAAGAUGUACCUGUAAAACAGGGCUACUGCAAAGUGAUCCAUUUUAUUAAUAUGUAAUGAUCAAUAUUUAGGGGUCUAAGAAGAGAGAGUGUAUGUUGUACAGGAUUUGAAGCCCUCUGAGAAACCAUUAGGUCAAGGAGCAGAUCACUGUUUACACAUCUAAGUAAAAACCUGUUACAGUUGAGAGUGACAAUCCUUAAGAUUUCAGUCCCGGUUGAUUCUAGAUGAGUGAAAACAAUAGAAUUGUGAUGAGAGUUUAGCAGUCUGGAGGAUAGAAAUAUAAUGAAUCUCAUUUUAUUGGCUUUUCAGAAUUUUCAGAAUUGUGUCCAUAGUUAAUUUUUUUAUCUGUCUAUAAUGGAGAAAAGCUGUAAUACAGGAUUUUCUCUGGAAGAUGUCAAUCCAGACACACAGUUUGUAAUACUGCAAGUAUAUAAAUAUUGCAAUACUUUCAUCAGACACUGUGGUUUUGCUACUUUUACUUAAAGGUCCCAUGGCAUGAAAAUUUGACUUUAUGAGGUUUUUUAACAUUAAUAUGA